AUGCACGCAUCCACCACCGCCGCCGGCGCUGUCCUCGCAGUCAUAGCAGCCCUCCCCGCCGUCUCUGCUCACGGCUACGUGGCCAGCGUCAUCUCAGGCGGUACUACCUACGCAGGAGCUUCUCCUCAGUGGUUUUAUUCCAGCACCAAGCCGACCCAGGCUGGUUGGUUCGCCUACAACCAAGACAACGGGUUUGUCGCCCCGAGCGAGUAUGGUGACAACAACAUCACUUGCCACAAGGGUGCCACUCCCGGUAACACUUACGUACCGGUCACGGCUGGCUCGACCAUCAGCCUUGUGUGGAAUACUUGGCCCGAUAGCCAUCACGGCCCAGUCAUCAACCAGAUGGCCAAGUGUUCUGGCGAGUGCACCAGCGUCGACAAGACAACGCUUAAGUUCUUCGCUGUUCAAAACACCGGUCUCAUCAACGAUGCCAGCCCACCCGGUACCUGGGCCACCGACAACUUGAUCGCCAACAAAUUCACCGGCACCCUCAAGAUCCCAGCCGGCCUCGCCGCCGGCAACUACGUCCUCCGCCAUGAGAUCAUCGCUCUCCAUAGUGCCGGCAACGCCGAUGGUGCCCAGAGCUAUCCCAACUGCAUCAACCUCAAGGUCACCGGGUCAGGCACCGAGACUCCUUGCGCCAGCGGUGCUGACUGCCGUGCUGGUACUGCUCUUUACAAGUCUACCGACCCUGGUAUCCUUAUCAGCAUCUACUCCGCUAUCAGCAGCUACACCAUGCCUGGCCCAGCCGUGUGGAGUGGUCUCAAGAAGCGUGCUGCGUGGAGUGCUUAG